GACUUGGUGGAGAAGCUUGAUCAGCCGCACUGAGGUUCACACAACCAAGCUGGUCACCUGAGAGGUCCUGUGACGGAGAGUCUUGGGUUUUUGCAGAGAAAGUUAUACAAGUGCAGUAUCUACAAUCAUGAUCAACAUGUUAAGUGUUGCCAUUUUUAGCGGAUUGUUCUUUGCAAGCAACCAGCUGUCUGCUGGUGUCCCCUUCCAAAAAUGCUGGACCCAGUGGUAUGACAGAGACGAUCCCAGUGGAUCUGGAGACUGGGAAACCCUCUCCCAUCUUCACAAAGAGAACCCAGGAAAGAUCUGCCCAAAACCAGUAGCUAUUCAGGCCCAAACUCUAACUGGGCUCAGUGUGGCUGCAGCAGGGGAUGUGAUUUAUAGAAGUGACACAACUGCAGGAUUCGUCUGCAGAAACCAAGACCAGCGCAACAAGAAGUGUAAUGAUUACCGCGUUCGUUUCAGCUGCCCUCCCUCCUACUGUAAUGAAGAUGUGUGCUGGACAAAGUGGUAUGACAGAGACAAUCCCAGUGGAACUGGAGACUGGGAAAUUCUCUCCUAUCUUAACAAAGAAAACCCAGGAAUGAUCUGCCCAAAACCAGUAGCUAUUCAGGCCCAAACUCUAACUGGGCUCAGUGUGGCUGCAGCAGGGGAUGUGAUUUAUAGAAGUGACACAACUGCAGGAUUCGUCUGCAGAAACCAAGACCAACACAACAAGAAGUGUAAUGAUUACCGCGUUCGUUUCAGCUGCCCUCCCUCCUACUGUGAUGAAGAUGUGUGCUGGACAAAGUGGUAUGACAGAGAUGAUCCCAGUGGAACUGGAGACUGGGAAAUCCUCUCCCAUCUUCACAAAGAGAACCCGGGAAAGAUCUGCCCAAAACCAGCAGCUAUUCAGGCCCAAACUCUAACUGGGCUCAGUGUGGCUGCAGUCGGGGAUGUGAUUUAUAGAAGAGACACAACUACAGGAUUCGUCUGCAGAAACCAAGACCAACACAACAAGAAGUGUAAUGAUUAUCGCGUUCGUUUCAGCUGCCCUCCCUCCUACUGUGAUAAAGAUGUGUGCUGGACCAAGUGGUAUGACAGAGACAAUCCCAGUGGAACUGGAGACUGGGAAGAUCUCUCCGAUCUUCACAAAGAGAACCCAGGAAAGAUCUGCCCAAAACCAGCAGCUAUUCAGGCCCAAACUCUAACUGGGCUCAGUGUGGCUGCAGCAGGGGAUGUGAUUUAUAGAAGUGACACAACUACAGGAUUCGUCUGCAGAAACCAAGACCAACACAACAAGAAGUGUAAUGAUUACCGCGUUCGUUUCAGCUGCCCUCCCUCCUACUGUGAUAAAGAUGUGUGCUGGACCCAAUGGUUUGACAGAGAUGAUCCCAGUGGAACUGGAGACUGGGAAAUUCUCUCCUAUCUUAACAAAGAGAACCCAGGAAAGAUCUGCCCAAAACCAGCAGCUAUUCAGGCCCAAACUCUAACUGGGCUCAGUGUGGCUGCAGCAGGGGAUGUGAUUUAUAGAAGUGACACAACUGCAGGAUUCGUCUGCAGAAAUCAAGACCAACACAACAAGAAGUGUAAUGAUUACCGCGUUCGUUUCAGCUGCCCUCCCUCCUACUGUGAUAAAGAUGUGUGCUGGACAAAGUGGUAUGACAGAGAUGAUCCCAGUGGAUCUGGAGACUGGGAAAUCCUCUCCUAUCUUCACAAAGAGAACCCAGGAAAGAUCUGCCCAAAACCAGCAGCUAUUCAGGCCCAAACUCUAACUGGGCUCAGUGUGGCUGCAGCAGGGGAUGUGAUUUAUAGAAGUGACACAACUGCAGGAUUCGUCUGCAGAAACCAAGACCAACACAACAAGAAGUGUAAUGAUUACCGCGUUCGUUUCAGCUGCCCUCCCUCCUACUGUGAUAAAGAUGUGUGCUGGACCCAAUGGUUUGACAGAGAUGAUCCCAGUGGAUCUGGAGACUGGGAAAUCCUCUCCUAUCUUAACAAAGAGCACCCAGGAAUGAUCUGCCCAAAACCAGCAGCUAUUCAGGCCCAAACUCUAACUGGGCUCAGUGUGGCUGCAGCAGGGGAUGUGAUUUAUAGAAGUGACACAACUACAGGAUUCGUCUGCAGAAACCAAGACCAACACAACAAGAAGUGUAAUGAUUACCGCGUUCGUUUCAGCUGCCCUCCCUCCUACUGUGAUAAAGAUGUGUGCUGGACCCAGUGGUUUGACAGAGAUGAUCCCAGUGGAUCUGGAGACUGGGAAAUCCUCUCCCAUCUUCACAAAGAGCACCCAGGAAAGAUCUGCCCAAAACCAGCAGCUAUUCAGGCCCAAACUCUAACUGGGCUCAGUGUGGCUGCAGCAGGGGAUGUGAUUUAUAGAAGUGACACAACUACAGGAUUCGUCUGCAGAAACCAAGACCAACACAACAAGAUGUGUAAUGAUUAUCGCGUUCGUUUCAGCUGCCCUGCCUCUUACUGUGAUAAAUAUGCUCCAGUCCAACCAAGGGAUUUGUUUGCCGCAACGAGGACCAGUAUUGUGGAUGCCUCGACUACAAAGUCCGGUUUGGUUGCCCGUUCUUGAAAAAAUCCCUGACUCCACCGCAAACACUGCGAUGGAUAAGAAGAGACAACAUUCCAAUUUUGAUCACUUGAAAUAUUGUCUGAUUUUUCUUUCAUGUUAUAUUUACUUUCAUAAUGUGCCAGGUGGAGGAAGUAUAAUAGACCUUUUUUCGAUCUUAGUUGGAUUGUGUUCGGAAGUGUACUGUGUUUACAACAGAUGGUUUGAGCAGCUAUGACAGUCAGUAGAAGGUACUGGAUAGCAGUUCAACAGUAAUGUUAGAUUUAAAAUACAGAUUUAGUUUGUAGUAAAGUAAAUGUAUACUCUUAAUGUUAUAAGUUGCGUGUUUAUGUGUUGGAUUUAAUUCUGUAAAGGGGUUAUUAAUUAGACGC